GGCAAGAGACGGAUGCAAGCUCUCCUCCCUCCCGCUCUGUUCUCUUAUCCACCCAUCCAUCCAUCUCUCCAUCCACCGACUCAUUCCCAAGGGCGUCACAAGGGGUGACAAGCCCCAUCUAAAAGGCACAUGCAUGUAUGCGUGUGUAUGCGUGAGUUUUCCGUGUACGUACGUGUGCGUCUGGUCUGCCCGUAGAUCCGCUGACAUGAGGAGCUGAAACAGAACCGACAGGAGGAUGAAAAUGCUCCGGUUUCGCAGCCCUAGCAUCCGCUCCUUGGACCAGGAGGUCCUCUGCACGAUCCGGUUACUGGACGACUCCGAGAUCUCCUGCAGCAUCCAGAGAGACACUAAAGGCCAGUUCCUGUUGGACCAUGUGUGUAACCACUACAACCUACUUGAGAAAGAUUACUUUGGUAUUCGAUAUGUGGACCCCGAGAAACAGAGGCACUGGCUGGAGCCCAAUAAGCCCGUGGUGAGACAGAUGAAGUCAGCUCAGCAGCCGUACACAAUGUGUUUCCGGGUCAAGUUUUACCCCAACGAGCCAAUGAAAAUCAAGGAGGAGCUCACCAGGUACCUUCUGUACCUCCAGCUGAAGAGAGAUAUCUACCACGGUCGUCUCCUCUGUCCUUUUGCUGAAGCUGCAUAUCUGGGAGCCUGCAUUGUACAGGCUGAGCUCGGGGACUACGAUCCAGAGGAGCACCCGUCAGACUACAUCAGAGACUUCAAGCUGUUUCCUAAACAAUCCCUCAAACUGGAGAGGAAGAUUAUAGAAAUACACAAGAACGAGCUCAGGGGCCAGUGUGCUGCAUUAGCGGAGUUGAGCAUGCUCCAAAGGGCUCACAGCCUCGAAACGUAUGGAGUUGACCCUCACCCAUGCAAGGAUUUCACAGGCUCCACAGCCUUUCUCGGGUUCACAGCCACAGGUUUUGUGGUCUUCCAGGGAAACAAGAGGAUCCACCUACUCAAAUGGACUGAUGUUAGCAAGCUGAAGUUCGAAGGGAAAACCUUUUACGUCAUCGGGAUUCAGAAAGAGAUCUCCUUAACAGGCAGGAUUCACUGUAACAGGAUGUCAUCACUGAAGAAACUGGUGUUGACAUUUCACACCUCGACCCCUGCAGCGUGUAAGCACUUAUGGAAGUGCGGGGUGGAGAACCAAGCCUUUUACAAGUGUGCGAAGUCAAGUCAGAUAAAGACAGUUUCUAGCAGUAACAUCUUCUUCAAAGGCAGCAGGUUCAGAUACAGCGGAAGAGUGGCCAAGGAGGUGAUAGAAGCCAGCUCUAAGAUUCAGAGAGAGCCACCAGAGGUGCGCAGAGCCCAGUUUGGUCAGAGUCGAAGUUUUAACUCUCUGAGCCAUAAAAACCUCAUCAUGAACAUGGAACCGCUGGUACCUGCACUGCCCUCCACCAAUGAAUACGAAGAGACGGCCACAGACAAUGGUGUUGUUGCUGUGAAGGACUCUGUCCCCUUGUCUCCUCUCAAACCUUCAGCCGCACCUACAGACACAGACCAACAGAGUACUGAAGGAGGAAACUCUGCUUUGAGCAACGACCUGCAGCCUCCCCGUGUUUCCAUGGAAACCUCAAAUCUCCGACCUCAGACUACCAAAGCUGAAGAUGAAGUGGAGGAAGAUGACGAUGCCAGCGGCCCACUCACCAUUUCUGAGCUUGUCUACAGCCCCUGUGCCAGCAUGCUACCCACCCCAGUGGACGACAGUCAGGGAGGCGUCGACUUGCUCUUCUCCUCUCCAGUCCAGAGCCCCGCCAGGCUGCUGAGGGAGCUCCAUGCCGACCCCGACAUCCAGGCCCAGCUGGAGGCCGAGAGGGAGCGAGACCGGGCCUAUGAACGCACCCGACUGGCUGCGAGAAGUCGAAUGGGUGGAGUCCUGACCAGCAGCCUACGCCUGCUGUCGUCCAAUGAGAGAUUCAACGCAUGCGUGCUGAGUGUGGCCCGCUUUGCUGCCGUGGUAAUGGGCGUCCUGCUCGUCACUGUGCCCACACUGCUGCUACUGCUAGAGUCAGACAUCGACGUGUCGUUCCUCCACGAGAUCCGCCAGACACCAGAGUUUGAGCAGUUUCACUACGAGUAUUACUGCCCGCUUCGGCGCUGGAUCCUGUGUAGGAUCAGCAUGGCCAUGGAGAACCUCUGGUCAGACUGAAGAGGAAAAGAAGGAGAAGGAAAAGGAGAGAGUGAGGAGUUACUGCGGGGGAGACAAAUAUGCCCAAAUGUCUGUCUCAACAUGUAAUUUAAUCUUAGGUUCAGUCUUAACAACUGGUGUCUCUUGAGACAAAAGAACCAGUCUGCAAAUGGGAUGAAAUGAGUUCACUUGUUUAAGAGAAAGUCCAAUUUAUAUUAUGAGCAGAUGCAAUAGAUCACUUAUGAGGGCUCACAAAACUGUAGUAGGUUUUAUUAAAAAGGUGCCUCAGAUAUACUUUCAGGGUUCCCAGAAUGAGGAUGCCUCUUUGUACAACAUUAUUUCUGAUUGAAUUACACUGAAACAAGUAGAUUUGUUUCAUCUCUUUGGCAGCAUAAUUUGCUGUCUUGAAGAAAGAGAGGUAAGAGAGAAAUAAGAUUUGAAUCAUAGGAUCCAAUCACUUGUUAAGAUAGACAUGUUUGGCGGUUAUGAACUGAAAAGAAAGAGGACAAGAGAUACUGUAAGUGUUCGAGGAAGAACCUGUUGAAGGGAGAGAUGAAAAUAAAAAAUGAGGGAAGCCAUGGACAGAGACAAAGUCACAAAAAGAUUCAGAAAGAAAAAAAGGGGUUGGUUUGGUUUUAUUAGAAGUUUUAGAGGUCUGUUCACUCCUGAUGCUGACAAGCUGAUGCAAUGACUCAUUAGUAAAUAUCACCAACCAUCCUGAUUGGUUCGCGUCCUCAGAGCGGAGCACCCGAUUGGUCACAGAGCCUGUCAGUCAUGACGGAGUGGGUGGGGACAGAAAGAGAAAUGAUUGAUUUGUCACUGAAUGCAACAAUAGCCACAGUCAGAGGUACAUUAUAUAUAUUUAAAAGCAAAAGAGAAAUAUUGAUAAUUAAUACCAAUCUUAACUAAGUUGUUUUUAACAUUUUGUACAUUUUUAUGUGAUCCAGAUCUUUCAGGAAUUUUUCAGUCAGAGGAUCUACUUUGAGCUUAUUUUGAAAUUAAGAGUUUACAAAAGAUUACAAAAAAAGCUAAUUUAUUGAAGUUUAUCGGGGUGGUGGGUGUUGAGAAAUUUAAGCUGUUUUUUAAGACUACCGUCAGCAUUGGUUGACUCGGUAGCACCCUGGGUUUUUCCUACAGUGGCUAUAGCACAAAUCUUUUACACAGACCACAGAUUACAACUGUUUCAGAUUAUGUGAUGUCAUUUUGGAGGGCGGCAGGAGAGAAACUUGAGUCUGUUUAUGAUGAUGAAACUUGUGUGUUUUGUUGUUGUUUUGUUAGCUCACUGAUUAAGGCUACUAGUGCAUCUUUCAGUGUGUUUUAAGAGAGUUUUAACAUAAAACAUAUAAAGAAUUGCUAAGGGAAGAAAAGGUCACCUGUAGGCUUAUGAGAAAAAGUUACUGUGGGGAAUUGUGUUGUAAUUCUGGGUAAAACUGUGAUUUUGGACUUACAGGUGGGUUAUUUGUUAGUCGAUGGUGUGCUAGUUUUGAGGGAGCUAAGUGAUAUGGUACACUCAAAAAAGCCCAGAGGAACAGGUGUGUAUACUCCAACUACACUGCUGGUACGUGACACUUGAUGGGACACGUGAUGCAUUUAAAUCUCUCAUACAGGUCGUUUUCUGGUGUAGAAGAUGUUGAUCAGACUGAACGGGAGAACAGUUGCAGGUAUUUAACUUACAGAAGCAGAUCAGCAUUUUAGUCACCAAAUCAAAUUAGAAAUGAUUUGUAGCCAUUUCUAAGAGGAUCUGUGAUAACAUCAUAUUUGUACCUUUAAACAGAGUACGUGACGGUAUUAUUUUCUCAUUUUAUUGUCAGUGACCAACAUGACAGCAUUAUCAGGAGUUAUAGACGGGGAAGAUGUUCAAUAGUGAACUUUGAGGAAUGUGAUUCUGGCUUGAGUUGAUAUAAAGUGUUCAUGGACGUUCACAGCUGAUAUGGCUAUUAGUUCCCAAAUAUUCUGGAGCCAUGGUGUCAAACAUGAACAAUAUCAAGGUUAAAACCAAGAGGGGAUGCAAAAAAGUGAUUUAAAAAUCUUUAUUUAGUACAAGGAAUGAACUGACUUUAUGCUGUCAAAAUGUAUUGGUCUUACAGUAUAUAAGUGUGUGUACUGACAGUACACAAAGUUGAGGUCACAGUAUGAAAUGAAAUCGACUCAUUGGGCUAAAGACUAAAUCUGACUCCUGUAUUCCUGAUAAGAAAUGCAUCAGUCACUUUUGGGAACUAACAUCCAUCAUCACGUGAUUGUUCAUCAUACAGACGGUGCCUGUCAGUUAUAGUAUAGUGGCUCUGAAUGGCGAGGGGAACAGAGAUGAGAAAUUACUUCAGAUCCAAUAAAAGCAGAUGUUUUAUUUUUUUUAAAGUUCUGUUCAAAAUGUAGUUCGAUUUGGAUCAACUUCUCAGGAAAGGGCAUUAGCAGUUUAUGUUCAAAAUACAAAUAUGUGUCUAAAAAAAAAUGCAUGUAAUCACAGCAUCCACCAUAUAGUUUAUCCAUAACAUUCAUACAUGUCUUGCUAUUAUAAUAUUAUGAAUAUCCAAACACUGUAUGUAUUUAUUCCAAGUCUGUAGCUAGACAUAAAUAUGGCUGCAGACUGUCUGUGAUGUUGUAGCCUCAUUUCACUCAACUACAUAUGCAUCCAUGUCAUUCUAAAAAAAGUUUUACCCAAAACGUCUUUACUGAUGAGAGCCAGUAACUGCAGUUUAGCUGUCAUAGCUGAACCUCCACAUUGGUACAAUGCUAUCAAACAAGCAACAGCAACAUGGAGUCUAGAUUGGCCAAUUUCUCUAUCAAAGCUCUCACACAAUACUACAGUAGUACGCUCUUAUAAAGAACUGAACUAAUGCUAUAAAGUUUAUUUUCAGGAAUCACUCUCCAUACUCUUUGGCUGCUACAGAGACCUCUGCUGUACACAUUACCAUCAAAGCCCUCUAAUGAUAAUCGAUCAAAUGUUGCUGCCUCAUACUAUCAGCUGUGUUGUCAUGUAACUCUGUAGACUUUAUGCAUUAACCAGCUUUAUGCAUAUAGAAAAUAUGCAGUAACAGAAACACGCUUAUUUGGGACAAAGCAUUUAUUUUCCUACUACAGUACAUGCACUGAGUUUCAAUGCUGAAACCAAGCGAAGGGCCAAACCACUAUGAUGACGACGUUUGCAUUUAACAUCACAGACUGAGACACAAACAGCUUCACUGUAGUGGAUGAAGCUGAUCUGUAUGCACUGCUAAAUGAUCACCGUCAUCCCAUGAUAACUAACAAGAGGGGGAUAUCAUCAUGAACUAUCAUCCCGUCUUCAUGUGUAGCUGUUGCUCCUCCAGUAUGCACCAAAACACUCGAGUGAUUCACUGUAGAUUUAAAAUAAAAAGACUCUGUAAAGGCUUCGUGUACACAGCUGUACAGACAUAGUUUGUCCCCAGCUUUGGUCCUUUAUUUCCCUGCUCCUAACUAUCCCCGGGUAUCUCUCACUCGCCUCCUUUUUGCUGACCUCUCAAUGCAAAUUGCAUGACCUCAUCUGUAAAUACUGUGUUUAUAGUUGUGGCAAAAAAAACCCAAUCUGGGUAAAGAUUUCCUUUCUUUCUUCCCUCUGCGUGUCUUGUCUGUGUAAAGCGAUCUAGAUAUAGGCUUGGCUGUCUUGACCAUCUUAGAUGAAUGCAUGUUCUCUGUGUUUUUACCAAGAGAAGAUAGGGAAUAUAAGAUAAGAGUUUGAGACAUUAAAAGGCUUAUCAGGCAAAUCAAAAUUAGGCACUGGUUAAUCUGAACAGUUUUUUGACCACAUUUAAAAACCAAAACACAUCAUGCAGUGUGCUUUGGGCUUCAUUUUAAUCAAUGACUUGACAUGACAAGAUGUGAUUGCUAAUUCUGUUAGCUUCCUUUCAAUUGAUCCCAAAACAAAACAGGAUUUUGUCUCAGUUAAAUUCUGUCUCAGUACAAAAGGGAAAACCUAUUGACAGCUGCUUGGAAAAGAUCAUUUUACAAUCUCCUAAAGAGCUGCUCUAAAAUAUUUGACUAGUUAGUUUCGUUGUGCUUAUGCUGUGUGUGUAUGUGUAAAUCAUUAAAGCCAGACGCUAAGCGCUAACGCUAACACCUAACCUCAUUGCUAACGGAGCAUGCUAUUAACUGAAUCGAUUGAGUUCAGAAACAUUAAUUGUUCAGUUUUUAAGAUGUUUAAAAACACUGAACCGAAUGAAUGGAAAAUAAAACACCUCAACUCAUUGCAAACAACAAAAGGCCUUUUGGUUCUGUGAUUAAACAGAUCUCUGGCCCCAUAUGACACGGUAGCAUUAUAUUAGUUUGUAGCUCAUUUAUCAGUUUAGCAGCCUUCAUGAAUUUAAAAGGGAAUUUCACACCUUUGAGAUUUAGCUCUUGUUUUGAGCUACUGAACUUGAGUUCCUAUGUUUUACAAACAGCAUAUAGACGGACAGAGAGUACAACUGUUGUUGCCUGCACUUACAUAAAACUGUGAUAAAAACAUCAUCGAGAUCACACACCUGUUGAUGUCAUAUCUGAGGUAUUACUUAAUACAAAUUCAGAUAGUUCCUGACAUGAGUCAAGUAUUUACAAACCUUAAAUUUAAUUACCUGCCUUUUAAGUAUCAGUAAAAAUAAUAUAACAAAAACUGCUUUACAGACAACCAACACAUGGAAUUCAAAACUGUUUCAACCUAAUACACAAAUACUGCUUUUAAUUAAUUUAUUUAAGAUUUUAAAUAUUUGAUCUCAGGUCUACUAUAUGCAAAACUAUUGUACAUCAUAUGGUAAAGGAGAAAAAUAGGCUGUUGUUUAUUAUAUUAUUUCAGUGUUGUGUGGGCAUGUACAGUAGCAGAUUCUCUUGCACGGUCACUUUGUUGUUUUUGAUUGUUAGUCAAACUGAUUGUUUUGUUGUUUUAUUGGUUAGUCAGAUUUUUUGUUUAGUUUUUUUGUUCUUUUGUCAUUCAGUCUCUUUUAAUAAGAAACUCUGGGAGAUUAAAUUUAUGAAGAAUCAGAAAAAAAGACAAAAAAAUAAAUCCCUAAGUAAUGACCCCCUCUCUUCUGGGACAACCAAGCCUUAUGAACUUUGUGAAGUGAAAAUUUUGAAUGUUUGUAUGUUAUAAAAGAAAACAUGGAUUGUUUUAUAUGUUAAUACUGCCACAAUAAAGCUCCCUAAUGAAUAUAUAUUGAAA